ACUCAUGUUUUCUCCUACACCUCAGUUACAUUAGACACUAGCCUACUAACCUUGGUUACAUUAGACACUAGGCUACUUCUAGCAAUCAAACUAUUGGAAGGCAAUCAUUUUCAAUGAAAGGAGGAGACAAGGAGUCAUUCAACGAUUUAAUCACUGGCGACUAGAGAGCAGACAAAGUUGAGAACAUUCCAACUACGCAAAUUAUCAGUACGACUCAUUCAGAGGAGGGAGGGUCUGACUUACUAGCUUUGACACUGCUGGAUAGGCAAACAACAAGUUUGCUGUUUUGCACGCUGUUCGGAAGAUAUCAAAGAUUCCGUACUACAAGAUGACCUGAGGAAGGUGCGUACGUCCUCCAUGUUCGACAUAGACAAGCUCAAAUCCACCAUUAAGCAGUUUGUGCGUGACUGGAGUGAGGCGGGUCCAGGCUGAGAGAGACUCCUGCUACCUGCCCUUCAUCAAAGAGAUCCAAAGACUCUUUCCAAGCAAAAAGUGUGAUGUGUCUAAGGUGAGCGUGCUGGUUCCGGGGGCAGGGCUUGGUCACUUGGCAUUGGAAAUCGCUAAUCUGGGCUAUGCCUGCCAAGGGCUACGCCUGCCAAAUAUAAUAACGAAUGGAGCUUCUUCAUGCUCUUCUCCUCCAACUUUGUCCUCAACAGGUCAACUCCAUGACCCUGUACCUGUGGAUCCACCAGUUUAGCAACAACAAGAGGUCAUCUGACGUCUACCCCCAGAGCCUGCCUCCAAACUCUGACUUGUCCAUGGUGGCCAGGGACUUCCAGGAGGUCUUCACAGAGCCUAACACCUGGGACUGUGUGGCUACCUGCUUCAUCGGCACGGCGCACAAUGUCAUCGACUACGUGGAGACCAUCUGGUACAUUCUCAAACCUGGAGGUGUGUGGAUCAAUCUUGGCCUGCUGCUGUACCACUUUGAGAACAUGGCCAACGAGCUCUCCAUUGAGCUCAGCUACGAGGACGUCAGGGUGGCCAUUUUUAAAAUAUGGAUUCCAUUUGGAGGUGGAGAGAGUCUCCCCACCACUUACACUAAGAAUUAUCAGUCCAUGCUGAAGUACCUGUAUGACUGUGUUUUCUUCGUGGCACGGAAACCUGACCAUCUGAAUGCCAACGGGCUCCAGGUGGUCUACGAGAACAGACUGGAAGCGUUGCCACGGCGAGAGAGCUGUGGCAGUCUAACGUGACAUUACAGCGCAACGACCGAUUGGCUGACGUCGAGAGCAUUAAAAAAAAAAAGAGUAAGAUGACAAACACAAGACAAUGGAAAGAUUUGCUUUAAAUGUGCUUAUUUUCUAUAUCUCAUUGCCGGGAACUCCCCGAUCACCUUAUGUCCAAGCCUUUGAGAUUGAGACGGACACCUAUAAUGGACUGAAAUGACUACAUCAUUCAGCCCUUGGACUGUUUGUCUUCAGUUUGAUGUAAGGUGACGUCUCCAUGCUGACCUGAUGUGGUUGCAUGUGUGUUAGACCCGCCUCUACAGCUUCCCAAUGUAUUUAUUUUGUAAAAUACAGUGACCAACUCUGGCUAUUUAUAGUACUUUCUCACUGGGAAAAGUCAGUUGCUGGAGUUGGUAAUACUGAGGGUCGGACAAAGUUGUAUGAUUUGAAUUUCAGCAUUACAAACUGGAUCUAGCUACUGCCUCACGUAACAAUAAAGGAAAACACCAUUUAAGAAAAAAAUGUAGUUGACAUUUUAGUCUAAUUUUGAAUGGUAUUGUUCAUGAUGCAAUUCAAGUUUAUUUGAUCAAGAAGGAGAUCUAUUUAGAAUGAAUCUCCUAUAUUUCCUCUGUUUGCAGCUAGACAGAAAUCAGUUGAAGCAUUAUGACCAACUAUGAUCAAUGUAAUUAUUCUACAACAAUUCCCUUUUGUCAAUUACUGUCUGAAGACUAUACAGCCAGGUAGAUCUAGAAGUUACAGACGAUAAACAUCAGUGGUGAAUCCUUUAUCGUAUCAAUAAAAUUGGUACACAGCACAUGAAAGGGAGAUUCCAUAGUUGUAUAUAAUUAACGGGAGAUCUGAUUGUCCCAAUGACCAUGUAUAUGAAGGACUGUCCUAAUCAAUUGAAUGCCCUAUUUGGCCAUCUCAAUAAUGCUUUCUCAAGCAACAUGGCCUCUAUCAGGUGGUGUGAAAGGAAGGCCUGGAAAAUCACCCACUUCAUUUGCUUACACACACACUCAUACUGACUACACAUACAAUCAUCAUACAUGCUGCUUCAUAUAUGCUGCUGCUACUCUGUUUAUCAUAUAUCCUGAUGCCUACUCACCAUGUCCCUAUAUAUUACACCUACCCCUACCACUCCAGUAUCCCUGCACAUUGUAAAUAUGGUAUUGGCACUGACCCUGGAACUGAGCCUCUGUAUAGCUUAUUUACUUUCAUGUUCAUAUCAUUUCUAUUUAUCGUGUGUUUUGGUUCUACUUGACUUUUUGAAAUAAAUAUAUUCCUACUGAUA